AUUUCUUGACAGCACCGAGGUUGCGAAUCUUCGCAUCCUUACCGACUGGAAGGAUCAACGGUUUGUCAGAAGCCUCAUAAGGUGGGUAUGUAAAGCUGGCACAUGUACGCCAUGAGAACCCCUGUUGUUGAUCUCAAUCCUUCUGCUUUUCCCACCCUGUCCUGCAAAUGGGAAGAUUUGCACCCCGAACACCGCAUUGAGUUGCCAUCGUAACCUUGAAGGUUCACAAUCAUGGCAAAUUCAGGCCUCGGUCAAGUGGUUUCCUGGUACAUUUGUACAAUUGCUGCAGUGCCGUUUGUCGGCCUCCGCAUGCACACGCGAUGGACACGGUUCGGCGGGCUUGCGAUCGAGGAUUACCUUAUCAUUUUGGCAUUGCUCUGCCUCAUCGGCGACUUGGUCAUUCAACAACACAUGUGGAAUCUAGGUCUUGGGAACAUGGCGACAAUCACUCCUGCACACUUUAAGGAAUUGAUGCAGAUGAUAGUUCCCGGAUCGAUUCUUUAUGUAUCAUCUCUAUGGGCAGUCAAGUUUGCUCUCGUGCUUCUGUACAAACGCCUUGCUUUCCCGGGCUCGAAAUUGAUUCUUCUCUACAACAUAGCGCUCGGAGGCUUAGUAGCCACAUAUCUGGUCAUCUUUUUCGACAUAAUCUUCCAAUGUUACCCGCACGAUAAACGCUGGUCAACAGACCCUAAAUAUCAAUGUGAUAAAAAGGCAUCUAAUAUAAACUUCUGGAUAACUAUAUUAUUCAACAUAUUCAGUGACAUCAUCAUCAUGUGCCUACCGAUUUCGAUGGUUCUAAGACUUCAAAUGAAACCCAAGCAAAAGCUUGCUGUCGCUGGUGUAUUUGCGCUCGGUUUAUUUGUCAUUAUAUCCAGCAUCAUUCGAGCCUACUAUUCCUCUCGUAAUGAAACAAUGCUGACCUGUACUGUCUCUAUGGUAGAGACUACUAUCGCCAUCAUUGUGUCCUGUUUACCUGCGCUGCGUGCCAUGAUUUUAGGCAACACACAGCACGACACAAGCAGCUAUGGGAAGCACUAUGAGCUAUCAUCAGCGCGCAGAAGGACUAAUGACAAUCGCAUGAACCUCCAUAUGUCAGGUGGUUUACAAACUCAGAGAACGAAGAACAAUCCCCACGGAUCGGAAGACUCCCUUGUAACAGGCAAGCUAUCAGUAACAUCUGGCCUUGGGGUCUUGCCCGAACCAAACGAUAAGGGUUUUACUGAAACGAACGUCCAACCUGUCAAUCAACUAGAAAACGGAGCAGGGAGCUCCAAGUCUAUAGCUUAGAUCAAUGGUAAUGAAAAUUUAGUGAAG